AUGGAGGAGCUAGACGCUCCACCCUCCGUAGAUGAACUGUGCAAGGCCAUCGACUCCCUAGCCUGCGGCAAAGCUCCCGGUAAAGAUGGCAUCCCACCUGAAGUCAUCAAGGUGGGAAAGAAGACUGCUCUCCUUCAACAUCUGCACCAGCUGCUGCAGCAAAGCUGGGAAGAAGGAACAGUGCCCCAAGAGAUGCACGACGCCAACAUCGCCGCUUUAUUCAAGAACAAGGGCGACCGCAGCGACUGUAAUAAUUCCUGUGGAAUAUCCCUCUUAAGCACUGUUGGGAAGGCCUUCGCCCGUGUAGUCCUCAACAGACUGCAGUUGCUCGCAGAGUGUAUAUACCCCGAAGCUCAGUGUCGGUUUAGAGCGGGAAGAUCAACCAUCGACAUGAUCUUCUCCCUACGACAGCUCCAGGAGAAAUGCUGCAAACAGAGGCGACUGCUGUACAUUGCAUUUAUUGACCUGACCAAGGCCUUCGACCUCGUCAGCAGGAACGGCCUUUUCACUCUGCUACAGAAGAUUGGAUGUCCUCCCAAGCUCUUGAGGAUGAUCAUGUCUUUCCAUGAAGACAUGCAGGGCACCGUACAGUCCUAUGGCUCCUCCUCGGGCCCAUUCCCAAUCAAGAGCGGGGUGAAACGGUCAGAGGACUUUACGUACCUCGGCUCCACCAUCUCCAGCAACCUCUCCCUCGACGCCGAACUCAACAAGCGCAUCGACAAGGCGGCAACUGCCAAGGCUCGCCUGUCAAAGAAGGUCUGGGACAACAAGAAGCUGACCACCAAAACCAAGAUGAUGGUGUACCAGGCCUGCGUGCUGAGCACACUGCUCUACGGCAGCGGGCCUUGGACCCUCUACUCCCACCAAGAACGCAGGCUCAACACCUUCUACCUGCGCAACCUCAGGAGGAUCCUGGGAAUCACCUGGCAGGACCACGUCUCAAACAAGAACUUCCUUGAUCAGGCAGGCAUCCCAAGCUUGUUCGCCCUGCUCACAUCGACCCAGCAAGCUGAGAGUCAGUGGCUGAAGACCGCAGCGGCUGGAGAAGUGCUGUGA